AUGAGCAAUACUAAAUUAGAUGAAUUUGAGACAGUGGAUGGAGUUUAUUCCUCAGGAUGUAUAACCGAAGUUGAAUCUAUUGCACAAGCCCUAGUUGAUCUUGUAGAAGGAUUUCCUGAAAUAUUAGAGGAUAAUUGUAAUAUUGAUCUUGAGAUCGAAGGUCGAAUUGGCACAAUUAUGAGUGAUACCUCUCGUGAAAGGAUUAAACUUCCUUGUGAAGGUCUAACUCUAUUAGCUCCUUCCGAUAAAGAUUUCCCAUAUCGUUUUGUUCCUGGUGUACAAAAAUGGCAAAUGCAAGCAGUUAUAGAUGAGCUUAAAAGAAAUCUUGAAGAAACAAAAAUUCCUUAUAAAGUUAAUACAAGAAAUACUUCAGAUUACUAUGUAUUAAAUUCAGAAAAUUCUAGUCAUUCUGAUAAGUCACUUAUUCGUGUAAGCUUUAUUUCACCUAAAACAGCCACAGAUAAACCAGUAGAUGCUAUUUGGAAAGAGAAAAUUGCUAUAUUUGAUUUUUAUAGCCCUGGGUAUAAUAAUGAUAUUGAUGGACAUUGUAACUAUACUGAUCAAACAUUUAAAGAUUUCCGUAUAGCAAUUAAUAUAGAACAUAAGGAAAAUCCAACACUGAUUAUGAAUUCAUUAGUUGGACAAAUUGAAAAUGUAUGUGUUCUAGAAAGAAGAAGAAAUCGUGAAACACUUGAUGUUUCUACUUUUAUAUUAGAUGCUACAAAUGUAACUCAAAUAGAAAGUCGAAGAGGUUAUAGGCAUAAUGAAACAUAUGAAUUAGAGCUUGAACUAAAGUCAUCACACUUUUUACCUUUAUUAAAGUCUUAUGUAAAGGAAUUAAAUAAUGGGAAUUUAAAAAUAAUUGGACAACAUUCAUUUAUACAUAAUCCAAAUAGCAAAAACUCUGAUAUUAGUAAAAUUAUAGAUCUAACAAUGUGUACUCAAUCCGAAGAACUUAUCGAAUACUAUAGGAAAUAUAUUUGCCCUAUAACCCCUAUCUUAGGUGACUAUCUAUAUAGAGCAAUAGCUAAAAAUAAGAUAGAAUAUGGAAGAGAUGAACCAUUAUCAGAAACUGAUAUUAAAGUAUCUCUUGGUAUAUUACCUAUUAAAGUUGAUAAAGUGGAGACAUAA